CUUGAGUGGUGCAACCAGUCAGUGGAGCAACAAGUGUUUUCGAUUCCGAAUUUGAUCCAAUUUUGUUUGUUGUUUAUCUUUGAGUUUCGUGCAGCAAAUUACCUGAAAUGGCCCGUUACUUCAAAGAGCAAGACAUCGAUGAGUUCCGCGAGUGCUUCUACCUGUUUGCCCGCAGUGGCCACAUUACCACCUUGGAUGAGCUGACUGUGAUUAUGCGCUCGCUCGGCCUGUCGCCGACGAUCCAGGAGUUGACGUCGUACCUGAAAAAGAAAAAUGGCCGCAUGAGUUUUGCCGACUUUCUGGAGGUGAUCCACCAGCACUCGAGGGUGGAAAACCUCCCGGAAGAGGUGAUCGAGGCGUUCAAGGCCGGCGACAAGAGCGGCCGCGGAACGAUUCCGGCCCGACAGCUGCGCCAUCUGCUGCAGAACUGGGGCGAGGGGCUGUCGUUUAGAGAGGUGGACAACAUUUUCCGGGAAGCAAAUGUUUCGAGCAAUGGUCAGGUUCGGUAUGCCGAUUUCGUACGGGUCGCUUGUGCUCCAGUUCCGGAUUACUACUAGGUGCUUCCCGAAAGAGGGGAACAACUGUUUUACGGUUUCAUAACGCACAUUCCUUAUGCUCUUUUACGUACUUUUGUUUUCUGAAGACACAAAACAAUAAUUUCAUUUUAUUUAUUAUUAUUUAAUGCAACGUACUCAAGUAUUUGAAAACUAGAUCUACUGAUUUUUGAGGUUUGGACAGUUUACACUGGAACUCAGACAGCUCCUUAAGAGGAAACAAACCAUCAUCGUUUAGCAAAAAAUCAAAAGCAGUUUUCUCGCUUAAAUCUCAAUCAAUGUUAUUAGAAGUUUAUCACUGCACUCUUGUCACCAUCUGAAUAAUAGUGACACUAUUUUCAAUGGCGGUUUUGUGAUUUAGAGCAAGAAAACUGCUUUUGCAUAAUUGAUGAUUGCUCAUGACUGAAUGAUGGUUAUUUGAGCAUUAAGGAAAUGAUAAUCUUCUGGCUAACGUGCUUUUUCGGAAUUUCACCCGACCCUUUUUGUAUUUGCUCUAAUUGAUUAACACAUUUAUAUGUUCAGAAGCUUGCUAACGGGUUUGAUUCCCAGGAAUUAGUAAUUGAGAGGUGCUCAAAGAGCACUUAAUUAAAAGGAGGCUAAUCAAGUUCCAGUGCGAAGGUUGAACCUGAAAGAAGAAGCAAAAGCAGCUUGUUAACUGAUACUUAAGAUUUGGAAUGUUGGCACUAAUAAUUUCCUGUUUUACACUCGCUUAGUUGUUGUCACUUCAGUAUUUGAUUGUAUUUAUUUGCUUGGUUAUGAGUAGCAUUUUUAUAUCACAUGAAAAAUAAAGCUAUUUUGUCAGUAAA